CAAAUGCUUAAAUUUCUAAAUAUCUUGGUGAUAAACAUUUGUUGCGUGCCACUAUUACUCCUGUGUUUGGAGUACAACUAUGAAGGCUAUUAACGUCCUGAAGGUUAAUCAUAAUAAUAAGGACUUGUGCCGCAAGGAAAGCUUCUCGUGCGCUUCAGUCUCCGACAUCCGUCAACUUACUUGAAAGGGUUCUGAGUUCUGAUUCACGAUUAAAAUCCCAGUCGCGCUGCUGUCAAAAUCUUCGUCGUUCACAAUGUCUGAGACAGAUUCGGAAAAGCCACAUGUUACAGAUGAGGUGAAGGAAGAGACCGAUUUACGACUCACCUAUCGGAAGGGUGAAAACUUCGAAGAGUGGUAUUCAGAGGUUGUCGUUAAGUCGGAAUUGAUUGAGUACUACGAUGAUAUUUCUGGUUUAUAUAUUCUCAGACCUUGGGCAAUUGCAAUGUGGGAGAUUUUGCAUGAUUUUUUUGAUCCAGAAAUAAAGAAAAUGAAGGUCGAGAACUGCUACUUCCCUUUGUUUGUGUUGAAGCCUCAUUUGGAAAAGGUGAAGGACCAUCAUGAUUCUUUUGAUGAACAGGUUGCUUGGGUGACAAAGUCUGGAGAAACUACAUUGGAAACUCAACUUGCUCUUCGUCCAUCUAGUGAAAGUAUCAUGUAUCCCUACUACUCUAAGUGGAUAAGGGGACAUCGUGACUUACCGUUGAAACUUAAUCAAUGGUGCAAUGUUGUUAGAUGGGAGAUCGGAAAUCCCACACCAUUUAUCAGGAGUCGUGAGUUUCUUUGGCAAGAAGGACACAGUGCUUUUGCAUCAAAAGAUGAAGCAGAUGCAGAGGUUCUUGAGAUAUUGGAAUUAUAUAGGUGUAUAUACGAAGAGUAUUUGGCAGUUCCUGUCAUUAAGGGUACGAAAAGUGAAGUUGAAACAUUUGGCGGUGCAAUUUACACUACCACUGUUGAGGCAUUUAUUCCAAACUCUGGUUGUGGGAUACAAGGUGCAUCUUCCAAUUGUUUAGGACAAAAGUUUGCUAACAAGUUUGAGGUCAACUUUGAAAAUCAGAAUGGACAGAAAGGCAUGGUUUGGCAGAACUCAUGGGGAUAUUCUACUCGAACUAUUGGGGCAAUGGUCAUGGUUCAUGGUGAUGACAAAGGAUUGGUGUUGCCUCCUAAAGUAGCAUCCAUUCAAGUCAUUGUGAUUCCAAUGCCUCACAAAGAUGCUGAUGCUCAAGGAAUCUUUGACAAUUGUUCUGCAACUGUGAAAUUGUUAAGUGAAGCAAAAAUCCGUGCUGAGUUAGAUUCUAAUAAUUACUAUUCUCAUGGAAGGAAGUGUAUGGAGUGGGAAAUGAAAGGGGUUCCUCUAAGGAUUGAAAUUGGACAAAAGGAUUUAGCAAAUGAGCAGGUUCGUGCUUUUCGACGUGAUAAUGGAGCAAAGGUUGACAUUGCUUAUGCUGAUUUGGUUGAGAAAAUAAAGAAGUUGCUCAAUAAUAUUCAGCAGAGUAUGUUCGAUGUUGCAAAACAAAAACGAGAUGAAUGUAUUCAAGUCAUUCAUACAUGGGAUGAGUUUGUUGAAGCUUUGAAUCAAAGAAAGAUGAUCUUAGCUCCUUGGUGUGAUGAGAAGGAGGUGGAAUUAGAUGUCAAAGAAAGGACAAAGAGUGAGAUGGGAGCAGCGAAGGCUCUAUGUAGUCCCCUUGAUCAGCCAGAGAUCCUAGAAGGCACGAAGUGCUUUGCAUCAGGUAAGCCUGCAAAGAAGUGGACAUACUGGGGAAAAAGUUACUAGGCGUAUUUUGAGGUUUAAUCCGUGUGUAUCAUUCCGUUUUUUCGAACAUUAUCUCAAAUUAGCAGCGGCAAGAAACACAGUCCAUUUCUUUUGUUAAACGAUUUAUUAUUAAAAUACUGCUACCCAAAUUCUUGUGAUAUUUUUCAACCAAAGUAUUUUUUGAGUAUUGUGAAA